AUGUCUGUGGACAUAGGCCUGCUGUCUGUCUUGGAGAAAAGUCUUUCUUUGGAAAAGUUGGAGCUUGAGGCAGCUCAGCAUUUUCUCGAAGAAGCAGCUAAAGUCGAUCUCUUUGGCCUGCUCAGGCAGCUUAGUGAUGUUCUGGUUAACGUUGAGUGUUCGCCACCUGUACGUACUCAGGCUGGCAUACAACUUAAAAACGCCUUGUACUCAAAAGACCCAGGCAUCAAAUCGCUAUACCAGCAAAGGUGGCUCCAAGCUCCGGCAGAGUCGAAACAGUACAUAAAGAAAAAUUGUCUUGCAGCCUUGGGAACGGAGACUACAACACAUAGUUCAGCAGCACAAUGUGUAGCUUACAUUGCAUGUGCUGAGAUUCCUGCACUUCAAUGGCCAGACUUGAUGGAGAAAUUAGUUGAGAAUGUCAUUACACCAAGCAAAACAGAGGGAUGCAAGCGUUCAACCCUAGAAGCUAUUGGAUAUAUUUGUCAAGAUAUAGAUCCCUGCAUAUUAGCAAGCCAGUCGAACGCUAUCUUGACUGCGAUAGUUUGUGGUAUGAAAAAAGAAGAACCCAGUGACAGUGUCCGCCUUGCAGCCACGAAUGCAUUGCUAAAUUCCUUGGAGUUCACGAAACAUAACUUUGAUGUUGAUAAUGAACGAAACUACAUUAUGCAAGUUGUUUGUGAAUCAACCCAGUCAUCAAGUUCCCAAAUACGCGUUGCAGCACUUCAGUGUCUGGUGAAGAUAAUGUCUCUUUAUUACAACUACAUGGAGCCUUAUAUGAAGCAAGCAUUAUUUGCUAUCACAUUAGAUGCUAUGAAAGAUUCUGUACCGGAAGUCGCACUUCAGGGGAUUGAAUUCUGGUCUACAAUAUGCGACGAAGAAAUUGACCUGGCCAUUGACGUCGCUGAGUGCUUCGAAAAAGGUCAACCUCCCGCUGUAUCUAGCAUGUUCUACGCUAAGGGAGCUUUGCAGUUCAUUGUACCGAUUUUAAUGGAGAUUCUUGCUCACCAAGAUGAGUCAGUGGAUGAUGACGAAUGGAACCCUAGCAAAGCAGCUGGCGUAUGCUUGAUGUUACUGGCACAAUGCUGUGAAGACCCUAUUGUUAAUUUGGUCAUUCCGUUUGUUAAAGAGAAUAUUAAGAAACCUGACUGGCGCUAUAGAGAUGCUGCUGUUAUGAGCUUUGGAAGUAUUCUUGAAGGCCCUGAUCCUGCAGCUUUGAAGCCGCUUGUGGAAUCUGCUAUACCGGUGAUAAUUGAGUUACUACGUGAUGUAUCACCAGCUGUUCGCGAUACAGCUGCGUGGACAAUUGGACGGGUAUGUGAAACCCUUCCGGAAGUGGCUUUACAUGAAACAUAUUUAGUUCCGUUAUUAACUGGACUAGUUGAUGGGUUGUCCGCUGAACCGCGAGUUGCUGCGAACGUGUGUUGGGCAUUUUCGAGUCUUGCAGAAAGUGCCUAUGAUGCUGCUUCAGAAAAUGCUGGACAUAAUGGUGAGCCAAAGACUUAUGUGCUGUCUCAGUACUUCAAUGUAAUUACGGAACGCCUUCUUGCCACCUCUAGCCGACCUGAUGGAGGACAGCACAAUCUUCGAAACGCGGCAUACUCGGCUUUAAUGGCGUUGAUGCGUUCUGCAGCCCAAGACUGUUACUGUGAGGUGCAACGCGUUACUUUAAUUGUCCUCGAACGACUAGAGUCCAUCAUAGGCUUAGAACAUCAAAUAGCUUCACAUCAAGAUAGGGCGCAGUUCAAUGACUUGCAAUCACUUUUAUGUGGAACAUUGCAAUCUGUUCUAAGGAAGAUCAAUAAAGAUGAUGCACCAGCAAUAUCAGACAAAGUGAUGCUGGCUCUUAUGUCUAUGUUUCGGACGAGUGCCGCAUCUGUUGCUGAAGGCUCUGGAGAUCAAGCUGUACUUAAUGGUGAGACAGAUAAGACCAAGUUCGGCGAUGGUGUCCAGGAAGAUGCACUUCUUGCAGUAUCUGCGCUUGUUGAAGUUGUUGGAGAGUCUUUCGUCAAAUAUGUGAAUGAUUUCAUGCCCAUUUUGGUGAUUUGUUUACGAAAUCACAGUGAAACUCAAGUAUGCAUGAAUGCUGUCGGUCUGUUAGGAGACAUGUGUCGUGUAUUAAACAAGAACUUACUUUCACACUGCGAUGGCCUAAUUACUAUCCUAAUGGAAAUCUUACAAGAUGUGAAUGCUCACAAAUCUCUCCGUCCCGCAAUUUUGUCUACUUUCGGUGAUCUUUCUCUGUCUUUGGAAACAUUGAGUCAAGCUACACAAGCUGAAGUGAAUCUUGAGGAUCCAGAUAUGGUGGAAUAUCUCAAUUCUUUACGUACUAGUUGUCUAGAGGCUUAUACAGGCAUUGUCCAAGGACUUAAAGGAGACGGGCCACAAUCUACUGCAGCUUUGGAGUUUGUCGCCGGUCAUGUACCUCAUAUAUUGUCAUUUAUCCAACAUAUCGGUGCAGACUCAAUCACAACAGAAGAUCUUAUAUCUGCUUCAUGUGGUCUAAUUGGGGAUCUCGUGUCAGCUUAUGGUGGUAGCAUUCUGUCUCUUGUAGAAGUUGAUGGAAUUGCAUCAGUUUUACAAAGAGGCAGACGAGCUAAAGCUUCUCGAACUAAGAACUUAGCGCUAAUUCUGCAGCCACCGCCGUUUCCAAUCCAGCCUUAUCCCAUCCAGCUACCACUGUCCAAGCUUCUCCCUCUGGAUAGAGUGGUCUUCCUUCAGUUACUUUCCACUUUAGAUGGAUCACAUCGAUGA